CAUCGUCACGCUAACCCAAGCCCGAAAGGAACGUCGACCCUCUUUCCCAGCGUCUCUCCCCUCUUCCCCCUCCUAGUGUGCCAUUGUUGAGUGCCCGGCUUGGGGUUGCAGACUCACAUAUUUUCAACAUGACCAUCAAUCCCACCUAUCUCGCGCAGCGCACACGCUCCUCUGUCAACUGGACCGACGCCAGGGCCCGUGUCCUCAAGUCCUACAGAGAAUGGCUUAGAGCGUCCCCCGAGAUCCAGACCAUGUACUCCCUGAACAUGCCCGUAUCCGCCAUCCGCACCAAGGUCCGCCAGGAGUUCGAGAAGCACCGCUACGUGAAGCAGCUCGGUGCUGUCGAUGUCCUGCUGUUCCAGAGCCACUCUGAGUUCCAGGAAACUCUUAACUACUGGAAGCAGCUUUCUCAUGUGAUGAAGUACUUCCGUCCAGAGGAAGACCCCGGUGCCCGCCUACCUCCUAACUUCAUCUCGGGCUUCUUGGAAGGCCGCAAUUGAAUUGAACUGUUCUUGAGUACCUUUGCAUUGAGAUUUCUACCUUGGUUCGGGGAUUGCACCGAUAGAGUGUUAUGUAAAUAUUGUCUGAGUAGCUAACGUCGGAUUUGUCAAGUUCACCGGUCUUUGAUAGAUGUAGUGUACGUGUGGUACAAUUAAGUGCGACGGUACC